AUGCGGGGUAAUACGCAAUUUGAGCAACACCUCCAGCAUCUUCAACUGUCCAACUCUUCCACUCAGCCCGUUGCAACACUCAACAUGCACAGCUGGCUCGAUCGACCUCUUCGUGAUGGAAAAGACGCGGAUGAGUGGAAACCCACUGAAUCCGAAGCCGCCGCCAACAUCGACGAGUGGUAUCAAGCAGGACGACUGCUCUUUCCCCCCGAUUCCCUCCUGGAUGUGCGCGACCAGCUGCGGAAGCCUCUCAAAUAUGGCGACUCCAUUUAUGUGAAAGCGUUCGAUGGGUCGAUCUACGAAUGGCCGGUGAGAACCGGCGACAUCAAAACGCAUUUGGAGCCCGACGGUGACAGGGGAGAGGAAACAUCGGUGGAAUGGGUGCUGUGA